GGGGGGGGGGGGAUCGGACAGAUGUAGAACACACGUGGUUUGCUGCUAGAACGGGGUUCCAGACGCGGGACUUCCUUUGGCUUUGACAUUUUUGUGGGUUUGUGAUUGUGGCAGGCGCAGCGUACUGGAAAGAAGACAUCAACAACCUAACACUAUAGCCACGGGUGCAUUUUUACAGAGCUACACAAAAUAUUACGAAUACGUGAACUUUUACAUUUUUCUCCAACGCACGCUACAUAUUUUAUUCAACUAUGUAUGCAAAUAACGGAACAAUGACAUUCUAACGGGAUGUUCGGGAUGAACAAAUAGCCUAACGGAGCGGUUCGUGCGCAAUCAUUACAUUUUGCAGUUGGGGGAGCUGAACUUUUUGUGUACACGUUUAGUUUUCUGUUCUCAAAGCAACUGAUUCAACUCUGCCCGGUUGGACGGAACUUUGAGAUGCUCUAAAAGUGACAUAGAGACUCUCAUCUCUUCUACACUCCUAACAGAUUUAUAUAACGCCAUGAAAGACGAUUUUGCAGACGAGGAGGAAGUACAGUCUUUUGGAUACAAGAGGUUCGGGAUCCAGGAGGGGACCCAGUGCACUAAGUGUAAGAAUGAGUGGGCGUUAAAGACCUCCAUAGCACUACUCUACGUGCUGUGCACUCUACUCACCAUCGCUGUGGCUGUCCUCGGGUAUAAAGUGGUGCAAAAGGUUGACAAUGUGUCCGAAGGUAUCGAGAGCUAUGGGGGGAAGAUCAUUGCUGUGGAAACAGACUUGAAAAAGCUAGAUGACCAGACUGGGGAGAAGUCGGAGAACACUACCACAGAGAUCCAGGCCUUUAAGAACAACAUCCGAGCUCUGCAGCGGCAGCUGUCUGAGGUGGCAGAGAGGAGCAGCAGUAACCGGGCGGCCCUGGGUCGUCUGCAGGAUUCUGGCCUGGACAUGCAGGGCAGCCAGGGCUCCAUACAGGGUCUGCUGGAUGCCAACACGGCCGCGCUGAGGUCGGUCAAUGGCACCCUGCGGGCCUACGGUGGCACCAUGGAGGGUCUUCAGGAGGACACGGCUCGGCUGCAAACUGAGCUCCAGGAGCAGGUUCGGCAGCAGAGCCAGGCCCUGCUGAGCAUCGGGAAUCUUAACCUCACCCAGGCCCAACAGAGGGGGCUGAUCUCGGCUUUGCAGAGAUCUGUGGACGACACCAGCCAGGCCAUCCAGAAGAUCCGAAACGACUUCCAGAGCCUGGAGCAGACGGCCAGGCAGACGAAGUCGGACGCUGAUUGGCUGAAGGAGAAAGUGCAGAACCUCCAGGUGCUGGCCUCCAACGCCUCUGCCCUGGCCAAGUCCAACAACGACAGCCUGGAGGAUGUGGGAUCUCAGCUGGCUUCGCUGUCUGGACAGCUCCAGAACACCUCCAGCCUGGCAGAGAACCACGACCAGACUCUUAGGGAGAUCAUGGACCAGCAGCGCGACCACGACAACCUCACCUCCUCUAAGUUCGACCAGCUGGAGAUACGCCUGGACGAGUCAGAGGGGAGCAUCGACCGUGUGACAGGCAACAUCAGCUUUACUACCCAACUCCUGGGCGCCAUCAACCUGAACCUCAACGAGCUGCGCACCUGCGCUGAGACAGUGGGGCGCCACUCCGACUACCUGUCCGACUUGAAUGCCACUGUGUCGGACGUGAGGUCGGACGCCACCACACUGAGGUCGCAGCAGGACGACCUGGUGGCCCGCCUGGACAAGGAGGUCACCAGCCUCUCUAUCAUCAUGGAGGAGAUGAAGCUGGUAGACAGCAAACACUCACAGCUCAUCACCAACUUCACCAUCCUACAGGGUCCACCUGGUCCAAGAGGCCCACGGGGAGACAAAGGACCCCAGGGAGGAGCCGGUCAGCCCGGUCAGAAAGGGGAGAAAGGGGAUACAGGUGGGCCUGGGGUGCAGGGGCUCCGUGGAGAGAAGGGAUUUCCAGGACCACCAGGAAUACAAGGGUUCAAAGGUCAGCCAGGCUCACGGGGGAACCCAGGUUCAAAGGGCUCCCGAGGGUCAGGAGGCAGAGCAGGACCCCCGGGAGCGAAUGGUGAGCCAGGCACUGCUGGGCUCCCUGGGAGAGAUGGACAGGCCGGUCCUCAGGGGCCACAAGGUCCGUCGGGAGACCGAGGACAGGUGGGGCCGGCUGGGGCACAGGGACCCAGGGGACCAGUGGGGCCCAUGGGGGCCCCAGGGCCACCUGGACUGCCAGGAUUCACUGCCCGAUCUGCAGCAGCAGCAGCGGUGCCUUUGGUCCCUUUCUCGAUGCAGAGUGAGGCCCCCGCACCUACUGUGUCGGCCCCAGGUUGUCCUCAAGAGUGGGUUGGCUUCAGAGACAAAUGCUAUCACUUCUCCAAAGAGCUGUACAACUUUGACGAUGCAAAGAAAAGCUGUGAUGCCCAGACUGCGUCAAUGGUGAUCAUUAACGAUAACGAUGAACAGAAAUGGCUGCAAAAGCAGACCUCUGGAAAGGGCUACUUCUGGAUGGGUCUGACAGACAGGGAGGAGGAGAAUGCAUGGCGCUGGCUGGAUGGAACCGAACCUGCCUUCUCGCAGUGGAAGCCAGGACAGCCAGACAACUGGAGCCACGGGCACGAGAGAGGAGAGGACUGCGCUGGCCUCAUCCACGAGGGACUGUGGAAUGAUUUCUUCUGUGAAGAUCUCAUCAGCUACAUCUGCGAGAAAGCCAUGAAGUAUCCCAAAAACUCCAGGAUUAUAGCGCCCUCUGUGGAAGGAGCAGAAACAGAGGAGGCAUGGUUGAGUCAGAGGCGGUAUGAUGAGCAUCAUUAGGCCCCGCCCACAAGUGACACUAGCCAUCUGACACCCUAUGCAUGGACAUGCUAUGUGGAGAGAUACGAGGGACAAGCUUCACAAGCCUGAAUCGAGACUAUGGCUGCAUUCACUGAGAUUUCCCCCACUGGUAGCCAGAUUCAGCUCUCCUCCAAAGUGAAUCCAGACCACUACUUCUAGAAUUUGCAUUCCAGCAACAUGACAAUCAAGUGUUGAGGGGAAGAUCAAUCGUUUAUUUUUUAUUUUUAAUAAUCACCAAAGUAAUUGACUCAUAUAGAUUUGUCUCAUUUAAUUGUUUUUAAAUGCUGUUUUUUGUGUGACGUUAAGUCCAUUUAUAACUGAUUAUCUGAAUGUAUAUUUUCAUAUUGCGGUUUUUCGAUGUAGACCAUUAUUUUACGGCGCCAAUGGGACUCACCACAGUGUCUUUCACAGUUGAUCGUCUAGUUCCUUCAGAAUUAUGUGAGGUGCAAAAUGAUGCGCAAAUAAACCAAAGAAAUGUCGCCGAUAUGUCCUUUCUCAAACAUCAAGAACUGUCUAGCUAUAUAUAAGUAUGUUAUUAUACACAUUCAUCAAAAUAAAUGAAGUAUUUACACAUAAUAACAGUCAGAAAGUCUGCUUGGUUAUGAAGUCAAGACUGCAUAAGUUUACAUGUUAGUAUUUCUAUAUGUAUGGUACUGUAUAUUUGCGUAUGGGGCCUGUAUGGUGUAUGAGUGUGUACUUUUCCACAAUAUAACAAGUGACUAUGGUCAUGUUCCAGGCUGGUUUCAAUGCAGACAUUGAAUUGCAUCAACUAAUGGUUGCACGCCACAUCAUCCUGUCCCUCUGGGAUAUUGCAGGGAUAUCUGCGGGCAAAAAUGCUUGAUUUUGCUGCGGCAAUUCUGACAUUUUGCAUGCCAAUAUGCAAUGAGUUUGUCCUCCAACGUGUCACUAAAAUGCGGGGACGAGGGAAAAAGGUUGUUGGGAUGUGGCUUGAUUGAACCAUAUUGUGCGGUAAAUGUACGGUGAUCGGUUGAAAUUGAGUCCAAUUUAUGUGCUGCGAUGAUGGGUCGGUUUUAGUUUUAUGUGAUGAUAUUGCAAUGAUUUUACUGUUUUAUGCGGAAAUAGUGCAGUGAUUUGUCAAAUUUGCAAGUAUGCGGGGAAUUGUUGACGUUUCAAAAAGAUGUGCAAUUGCAGAAUCCUGGAGGGAGUGAGGGACUAAUAAUCGACUGUGCUCCCGGGCAUCAGAUUACUAUACCAUAUGAUGUGUGCAGCUGUUUUGAUAAACACCUUUCCAGGCGGUGUGGCAUCGGCAAUGUAGUCAGCCUGGAACGCUGCCUCUGGCUCAUACCUAACAAUAUCUCAUUUAAAUUACAUUUUUCUGCACAAAUGGAAUUCAUGUUCCCUGGUUUUGAUAGUCACAGUUACCUUGUGUGUACUUUUUAGCCAGUAAUUCUGAAAGUAAUGCUCACGAGCCCAAAAAAUUGCGAGCCAAAAAGUAUUGCGUACCAUGUCACACGUGCAGAUAUAAACGCCACAUCAUUGCACUCACUCGCUGUACUGUGUGCAUCUUGCUAGCUGUCACUCACAUGGCGAGGGACUGAAGCUCAUUGGCUCAUAGAACUCGAAUUGCUAGGGGGCUGGCCCUAGAAAAUGUAGGGAGAACGGCUUCUCGAAAAACAGUUGCAUUCAAACUCGAUAUUUUGUGGCUAAUUCAGGCAAGACAGUAAUUCUUAUCAUAGAUUAUACAUGUAGGAACUACACAGUGACUCAUCCAGCCCAAAGUGGGAGGUGGGUGGGCCUGGGAGGGCAUAGGCCCAGCCACUGGGGAGCCAGGCUCAGCCAAUCAGAAUGAGUUUUUCCCCACAAAAGGCCUUUGUUACAGACAGAAAUAUACCUCUGCAACCCCUCCCGUCGUCCCGUCCCCGACGUUCCCGCAGGUGAAGAAGCCACACGUGGAGGUCCUGGGAUGGUCUGUGGUUGUGAGGCCGAUUGGACGUACUGCCAAAUUCUCUAAAACGUUAUUGGAGGCAGUUUAUAGUGGAGAAAUUAACAUUAUAUUAUCUGGCAGCAGCUCUGGUGGACAUUCCUGUAGUCAGCAUGCCAAUUACGCGCUCUCUCAAAACUUGAGACAUCUGUGGCAUUGUCUGGUGUGACUAAACUGCACAUUUUAGAGUGGUCUUUUAUUGUUCCCAGCACAAGGUGCACCUGUGUAAUGAUCAUGCUGUUCAAUCGGCUUUUUGAUAUGCCACACCUGCCAGGUGGAUGGAUUAUCUUGGAGAAAUGCUCACUAACAGGGAUGUAAACAUAUGUGUGUACACAAUUUGAGAGAAAUAAGCUUUUUGUGUGUAUGAAAAAUGUCUGGGAUCUUUUAUUUCAGCUCAUGAAACAUGGGACCAACACUUUACAUGUUGCAUUUAUAUUUUUGUUAAGUAUACUUAGGGCUCUAUUCAAACUGCAUCGCGGAUGUUCAGCUUUUCAGCAUGAUUGAAAUUUAAAGGCAACUGCAUUAGCGGAGACCGCAUUCACGGUAAACACUGCAUACGUCGGCUCAAUUGGACAUUACCUUUAAAUUUCUACAUGUCGCGGAAUCUGUAAAUCUAUAUCAUAUGAUGUGGCGGUUGAACACCUAUCCAGAUGCUGCGAGUUCUGGCAGUGUAAUAUAGUCAGGCAAGAACACAGCACGUCUCUCGUGCUGGAGAUCUUGCCAGAGGUCUCAUUUGCCUUUAUGGUGCUUGGAAGUUGAUUCCAUCCUUGGAUCCACGUUUUUGUACUUACAGUACUUAUAAGAUACUGUACUGCAUCUUCACAUGUACUGUACAUUUGUGGCUGGAAAAAAUAAUAAUUGUCCAGUGAUUUUUGACAUUGAGUUUUAUUGUUUCUUUCUUUCUUGUCUAACCCUGAUUCAUAGCAUUAUGUCAAUUCAUUCAGGACACUGUAGCACGGGGCUCGAUAUCACAGUGCAUAUAAUUAGAGGAACACUUCAAGUCGUACAUCGUUUCCCCAAAACAUUUUACAUUCUGUUUUUCCGUUCCUAUCUCCAUCCCUAUUCCAGUUUCUCAUUCAGCUGCACAGAAGUUUGAAACGAUCUGACACAGUAGCACCUUUUAGUAGAGGGAAUCUAACACUAACAAACAGUACAAUACCAACCAGGACAAUGGGAUUCCGAACACAGAUUUUUAAGCAUAAAGAACAAAACAGUGACUAACUGAAGACUGUGAGAGCUCAGAAAUAAUUCCUCUCUUAUCUUCUGUCUUCUAAGUUGGCUUGAACUUUGAAAAAAAAAACAAAGAGCUUUUCUGUAAAGUUGUAACCUGCACACUUGUGAAUACAUUUGACUGAGCUCUUUGGUAAACAUUAAAGCAACAUGGAGAGAACAUUAGGAAAACAAGUUAACAAGUUUGAGCAGUCUCAGCUACACCUAACGUACUAAUAACAUUCAAUACAAGUGUAUUACUGCCUUACAAACCAUAUAAUAUUGCCAACCAGAUGAUAUGUGAAUAAAUUAAG